AUUCACACACACACACACACACACAUUACUAGUAUUACUACAACUACCAUGGCUCAAACAAUGCUGCUCACUGCAAACCCUUUGUUGAAAGGUGAUCAGCCAUCGCUCAUCCAAAGGCUUAAACCUCAAUCCUUCUCUAAGCUUUUGCUCUCUCCGAGAAUUGCUAAUUCACCUCUUUCUUCCUCUUCUACAAUUGUUGCUAUCUUCAAAUCCAAAGCCAAAGCCCCUCCUCCUGCUAAGAAGGUAGUGGUGAAGCCGAAGACUGAAGAUGGGAUUUUUGGAACAUCGGGUGGAAUUGGUUUCACUAAGCAAAAUGAGCUUUUCGUUGGCCGUGUUGCUAUGAUCGGAUUCGCGGCUUCUCUAUUGGGUGAGGCAGUAACUGGGAAAGGAAUCCUUCAACAACUAAACUUGGAAACUGGGAUUCCAAUCUAUGAGGCAGAGCCUCUUCUUCUUUUCUUCAUCCUUUUCACCCUUCUGGGAGCCAUUGGUGCCUUAGGAGACCGUGGCCGGUUCGUCGACGAUGUCCCGGCCACCGGUCUUGACAAGGCAGUUAUAGCUCCUGGAAAGGGCUUUAGGGCCGCCCUUGGCCUCGGAGACGGUCCUUUAUUUGGAUUCACAAAGGCAAAUGAAUUGUUUGUUGGAAGAUUGGCUCAACUUGGAAUUGCUUUCUCUUUAAUUGGAGAAAUUAUAACCGGAAAGGGAGCACUUGCCCAGUUGAACAUUGAGACCGGAGUCCCGAUUGGUGAACUCGAACCACUUUUGUUGUUCAACAUCGUCUUCUUCUUCGUUGCUGCAAUUAACCCGGGGACGGGAAAAUUUGUUACCGACGAAGAAGAAGAUUAAAUAUAUAUCUACAUAUUUUUAACUUUUCUUUAAGUUUGUGUGUAACGUUUUGUUAGUGAAUAGUAGAACACAUUUUAAUUGGUCAUUUUCAUGUUAUAUAUUUGUCGACUUAAAAGUAA